CUCCCCCAACCUCUGAUAGGAUCGGCGUUGCAAAUCAUCCCAAUAACCCGUCAACUAAUGCAGCCUAUUCCAUUUCAAAGACGUUCAAAGAGUCACAUACGUAGCUAAUACACCGACCUAACGCGAAAAGCUAACAAACGGAGGAGUGUAUGUUUGUUUUAGAGCCGUGGACUAUUCAAAAGCUUGGAGCCGAGGCGAAGUUUGAAGGCUGCAGGAGGAAUUCCUGGUGUCAUCGUGUUGUUGUCCAAUCAGAGACCUGCAUGUGUGAAGCCGCGGCCAGCAAUGGAACCCUGGCCUGCAGUGGCCUGGGUCCUACUGCUGAUGGUCCUCGCUGAUUGGCUAAAAACGGCCCAAUCAAAGGACUUCACAGAACAGGAUAUCAUCUACCUCCAUCCCUCAACUACUCCAUUCCCAGGCGGGUUCAAGUGCUUCACCUGUGAAGAAGCACCUGACAACUAUGAGUGUAAUCGCUGGGCGCCAGACCUGUACUGCCCACGAGAGUCUAGAUACUGUUACACGCGGCACAAGAUGGACAUGGAGGGGAACAGUGUCUCUGUGACAAAGCGUUGUGUGGCUUUGGGAGACUGCCUCUCUACUGGAUGCUCUGAAGAAGACCAUGAAGGAACCAGGGUUUGCACAGCGUGCUGUGAGGGGAAUAUCUGUAACCUUCCUCUCCCCUGGAACGUGACGGAGGCUGUGUUCGCCACCACCUCACCCCUCAGCGGCACCACAGGGCUCUCACAGUGCUACACACUAACAUCCAUCCUGCUCUACUUCACCCUGCUCAUCUCCAGCUAUGUCUGACCAGUGGAGAGAAACACUGAUAUAUAGCAUUUUAUUUAACAGUUGAAGGUCUGAUAUGACUAGAUCAGGGGUGUCAAACUCAUUCCACGGAGGGCCUAGUCCCUGCAGGUUUUUGGUUUUUCCUUUCAAUAAAGCCCUAGACAACCAGGUGUGGGGAGUUCCUAACUAAUUAGUGAUGUUAAUUCAUCAAUGAAGUACAAGGGAGGAGCGAAAACCUGCAGACACUCGGCCCCCCGUGGAAUGAGUUUGACACCUGUGGACUAGAUGGACUCAAUAUACACCCCAUGGAGAUAGGACUCACUACAGGUUUUGGACAAUGUAUUUCCCUUUUAAUUCAGUAGGAAACCAGUUUUGAUUAUCUUUCAUCGUUAUGCAGGGCCUCAAUAAAACAAGCACUUAGAGCUCGACACUGCUUCUGAAACAGGCAAUAUGGCUGUCAAUCUUGAAGGACAACCAUACUAAAUAUCACAGUAUGACACUGCAUCAUUCUCCCCCUACUAGUCUUCUGCACAGGGACAGAAGGAGGGGAAACUGUGGCGUGUUAGGACUCGUCAGUAGGCUAUAGGCCAUUGUAAAAGCUGCAAUAUUUUCCAGUGAUGAGGAAGAGUAACAGACAGACAGCAGCUUCUGUGAGGAUUAGUCUGCUUGAAACUUUAUUGUGCUUUUAUGUUUUUACAUUUGUGAGUCAGUUCCCCAUGUUGUAUGUUUGAUACAUUAUGUACAUAUACAUAGUAUUUAUUUUUUUAAGGAACAUGGUUGUUAGACAGUGAAUGUGUAUGUGUGAAAUGUUAGCAUUUAGGUAAAGUGGAACAGAUAACAUAGGCACUGCUCAUGCUUUUAUGUGUAGUAUGUGGAAAGUCUUUUUAACAACAGAAAGAGAGCCUGGUGCCCAUCAAACAAACGUAUAACGCUUUGCAUGAGGUGGUGUUUCUGUUGUGGAAAAACUAUUUCCUCAAACCUUAAAAAGGAUUCAAGUUAAUUACAGGUCUAUUUUGGCUUAACAUUUUCCGAUGAUGAAAAAUAAAUCUGACUUUCCACACAGUACAGUAAGCUACCCCCAUAGCUAAGCACAAGGCUGCUGUACUGCAAUUCUAGGACUUAGAACUGAUCAUUGCAGUUUUAGUGAGAGGCAACAAUGCAUGACACCAUUAUUUACUGAUACUACAUAUGCUCUUAACCAGAGCUCCUUACUGUAGUGAGGGUAUACAUGUUCAUACUGGUCCCCCGUGGGAAUCGAACCCACAACCUUGGCGUUGCAAGCACCAUGCUCUACCAACUGAGCCACACAGGAAACGCACCAUGCUCUACCAACUGAGCCACACAGGAAACGCACCAUGCUCUACCAACUGAGCCACACAGGAUGCUCUUUAGUAGUCUUUUACUCACCCCUGUUUUAAUGUUUUCCGUUCUCGUGACACAUACCUCUGGUGUUUAUACGGUGUUUUGUGACAUGUUUGUCAUCCAUCACUCUUUGUUGGCCGGUGUGGCUGCCUGGCCGGCCGAGAAAAAUGCAGAGUUAGCAAAUACAGUGUUAUUGUUCUCCAGGCUUUUAUGAUUUGUUUAGGCUGACCGCCCGAGACAUAGAGACCGGUAAUUUCAAAUGGUAUUUGAACCAAGGUGUGCACGCCUCCAUCUCUACUGUCUGUUCAGUAGCACUACAGGCAAAUACUAAGAGGAAAAGAGUGAAGCGUGAUUUACAGAGGGCAAACGUUUUUAUCUACUGUAGUCUGCUCUGUUCACAUUUAAUAAAUUACAUUUCGUUUUUUUAUGGCGGGCCUUGUGUUUUCCACUAUCAUAGCAAGAUUUUAUCCUGUAUUCUAAGCCUUAUCCAGAAAUGAGAAUUGCACCAAAUUUGCAUUUGUCUGAGGAUGGUGCUGGACCAUCUGAAAUAAACAGAAAAAGGGGCAGCUUUAAAUAAAGAUUAAAAUCCAGGUCAUGUGACGAUUGCUCAAAACACAGGGCCCUAUUUAUGGGGUAACAAAGGGGUUCUUUGGGAUUUUGCCAAUGAGGCCCUUUAUCUACUUUCCUAGAGUCAGAUGAACUCAUGGACACCAUUUUAUGUCUCUGUGUCAAGUACGAAGGAAGUUAGAGGUAGUUUCGCUGUUAGCAUGCUAGCAGAUACCCAUAGACUUCCAGUCAUUGCGCUAAAGCUACUUCACAUUGGCUCGCGAAAUUACCUCUAACCUUCAUACUGGACACAGAGUCAUAAAAAUUGUAUUCAUGAGUUCAUCUGACUCUGGGUAAGUAGAUAAAGAGCCUCAUUGCCAAAAUCACGAAGUAUCCCUUUAAGGGCUAGAACAUGUUGUUUCCCUUUAAAUCAAUCAGGCAAUACUAGAGUUUAUCUUUAAAAUAUUUCACAAGGUGUUUUGCAUUGUGACCUGAGUUUCAACAUAUCUUGCCAGAUGUUGCCUUACUCUGACUCUAGAGAAGCACCGUACAAGUGCGUUUGCAUGAGUUUAUCAACAUUGAUAAUGUGGCUGUUGCAUGUUAUGUUGUGCCAAUUGAUAUUAUGUAAAUAUCCUCUCUGUUUUUUUAUAUGCAAUGUUUUUGUAAAUAACUGUAUAUAUAGAUGUGAAUGACUUUGUAACUUCAUAUUAAAGAUGAAGACAUGACCACUUA